CCACAACCCCCCCUUUCCCCCCUCCCGGCAUUUCCUUCUGUUUGCAAUUUAAACCUUGAGCUUCUUUAAUUCUUCCUGGGCCUAAGCAUAAGCAACCCACCCAGCCCGCCUUAUCCACACUCGCCCUUGUUUCUCUUUCCCGUUUUAUGCAAAUCCAGCCCUGUCCGUUUUAGAGGGGCGGGAGGGAUGAGGUUUUUCUUUUAUUUCUUCCGCCUCUUCCCCCUCCAGGCCUUUGUUCGGUCCCGUAAGAGUUUGGCUGUGUCACACGCACUACUAGGCCCUCGCAGGGGCUGUUACAAGCGUUGUGCUUCUGAAGGUUGUGUACAUUAAGUGCGUGCUUAAUGUGAGGGUGAGAUAAACACAUAUGUGCCUCUGAGAGGAACUGCAAUUGGCCGUGAUUUUGUUGAGUACAGUAUAUACGCUUGGUUCCAAACCAGGGUUUGCAUUUGUGCAAUGUGUGAACUGGACAUCUGCAGUCAUUGUAUGGUUCCUUUUUGAGGAAAGGUAACUGGAUGUUGCAAUAAAGUCUUGCGACUUAAAGGCUAAUAAAUGUAUUAGGGCGUAAGCUUGCAUGGACUAUAGUCCAUCUCAUCAGAUUCAUGAAGUGUUAUUCUGAAAGAUGUACAUGCACACAUGCCUUGGGAUGCACUUCAUGUACCAAAAACUUCACAUCUCUUCCCCACUCAAGCUGUACAGUGUAGGGUAGCAAUGGGAAACAUGGUCUUCCAGAUGUUGCUGGACUACAGUUUCCAUUGCCCCAGCUAGCAAAGUCAGGAAUAAGGAGAAUUGGGAGUCCCAACAGCAUCUGGAAGGCCACAAGCUCCGUAUUCCAGUGUAAGGCCUGUAUUACUUAUCUUCAGCUCCCCUUCCACUUUCUGGAUCUUUCCACUUUCUUUGAAAUACAUGCUCCACAUUCCUCUCCUGGAGGAACUUUUCUCUUUGCUGUCUUCGAUUUUGUGGGGAACUGCUCCCUUUAUUCAUACAUGACAUUUCUGUAGGACUUUCAAAUGGUCUUCUAUUAACUCAGUAAUUCUUAACAAUCAUUCUGUAAAGUAGGUAAAUAGUGUAUAUUUGUGUCUGUGGCUGAGAAAGUGGUGGCUUGCUUAAGGCUACCUUGUGAUACCGUGGCUGAUACAAGGUUUGGACCAGCAACCUCAGGGUCAUAGCCAUAAAACUAUACCAAGGCUAUGCAUUUUCCAGAGGUGUAACUAUGUCUGUUGCAGUAAAAACUGCAGAGAGACUUGUGGCAUCUUGAAAGACUAACAAAUUUACUUCAUCAGCUUUGCCUGCAAAAGCUCAUGCCAUAAUAAAUUUGAUAAGGUACCUAAAUAUCCUUUCUGAUGCUUACUGUAAGUGCCCUUUGUUAGGGUGUUCAAUUUUAUUUCCCACCUAUUUCUUGCUUUCUUACCCUGUGUAUAUGUCAUUCUUUGAUGUGCUACUUCUUGAUUUGUUUCUGAAGGGGGGGGUGUUUCUCUGGUUUCUACAAGACUUACCUUUGUUUUUGUUUUUUUGCUUUACUUCUUAAAUUUGGAGAUGUGGCUACCUUCCCUUCCACCUUUCUCUUUGUGCUUGAGAUGCCCAAAACUUUAGUGUUCCUCUUCAUAUGUCUUUCUUAACAGACAACAUUUCCCACAUCUUUGUUUAUAAACCUUUUUGGGCCUAAUGGCAUACCUGCAAAUCACAGAAACUGUCAUGCGUGCAAAACACACAGAGCAAACUUUUCUAUUGAAUGCAAUAGGAUGUUUCUUUGAAGUCUAAUUUUAGCAGGAAAGUGGGACCCUGUAGGUACCAGGAAAGGCCCUUGUAUGCAUGUGUGUCCACAGUGACCCCCUGUGUAAACUGUUGUGGCUACUCUAUCCCCCUGCAGGUUUUAGGUAUUCCUGAAGGUUCCAAAGAAGUCAACUGCUCUUUUCUUUGUUAUCUCUCCCUAGCAAUUCCUCCCUUGGCAUUUCAUACACAUGCUAAAGCUAGGUGUUUCCCUUAUCUGUUUCUCUUUGUUUCUGCCUUUGCUCUUGAGUCGUAGUGCUUUUCCAGUGUGUGUCUGCCUUGCAGUCCCCAACCUUGUCUCAUGAGGUUGCGAGGGGUUUCUAAAAACAUCAAAGAGCCUUCUGGAUCAGCACAAUGUCUCACUUAGUCCAGCAUCCUGUUCUCACAUUGGCCUACCAUAUGCCUCUGGAAAGCCUAAAUGUAGGACCUGAAUGCAACAGGAGUCUCUCCUCUCCCUCUCUUAAAAAUACCAUGCUCAAUACUUUACUGUCAUCCUGCAAUACUACUGAAUGUUCAUUUUGUACUACCGUAAUUUCUUGGGAGUCAUUGAAUACUGUUCAUGCAGUGCCAUUGACCAUUUCUAGCUGGAACUAGCAAGAAAUACUUUGAGGUGGUUCCCUGUACAUAUUGACUGACUAAACUGGUAACAGAUGCAGAAACCCAAGACCAGAAAGAAAGGGCUGUGGUUGGGAAUUGUAGGACUUUACAUGGCUUUGCCCUGUCUGUCAGUGUAGGUUACAAUAUUAUAUAUUCUUUAUAUAUCAUGGAUUAAAUUGGAAUGAUCUUUUGCUUUAUUGUGGCUCAGGAAGUGACAUAUUAUCUGCUCUAUCUCUCUUCUUUAUCUGAACAUGUGCUUAUGACAUCACAGAGACCGAAAGGACAAGAUAAUAAAGUGCAAAAUGGUUCUCUUCAUCAGAAAGAUACAGUUCACGACAACGAUUUUGAGCCUUACCUUUCUGGGCAGUCAAAUCAGAAUAACAGCUAUCCAUCAAUGACAGAUCCCUACCUGUCCAGUUAUUACCCGCAUUCUAUUAGCUAUCCCUACUCUCUCAGUGAAGCACCAUGGUCAACUGGAGGAGACCCUCCUAUUCCAUACCUCACUCCCUAUGGACAGCUCAGUAAUGGUGAUCAUCAUUUCAUGCAUGAUGCUGUUUUUGGACAGCCUGGUGGACUGGGGAACAACAUUUACCCGCACAGAUUCAAUUUUUUCCCUGAAAACCCACCUUUCUCAGCAUGGGGAACAAGUGGGUCCCAAGGGCAGCAGACUCAGAACUCAGCUUAUGGAAGCAGCUACAGCUACCCGCCCAGUUCCCUCGGUGGUACUAUGGUGGACGGGCAGACAGGAUUUCAUAAUGAUACUCUAAACAAAGCUCCUGGAAUGAACAGCAUCGAGCAGGGAAUGGUUGGACUGAAGAUUGGUGGGGACAUCACAGCUUCUGCCGUGAAAACAGUAGGUUCUGUGGUCAACAGUGCUGGGAUGACAGGCGCUUUGUCCGGCAACGGGGGUUCAAGUAUAAACUUGCCGGUAUCUAAGCCAACCUCCUGGGCUGCAAUUGCUAGCAAACCCGCAAAGCCUCAGCCCAAGAUGAAAGCAAAAAGUGGGCCUGUGAUAGGAGGGGCUUUACCUCCACCCCCUAUCAAACAUAACAUGGAUAUUGGUACCUGGGACAAUAAGGGACCUGUGGCCAAAGUUCCAACUCCUCAGCAGAUCCCAUCUCCUCAAUCAGUCCCACAGCCACAAAUCAUUCAGCCUAUUCCUGCCCAACCACCUCCACUGGCCCAGCUGCCAUACCAGAACCCUCAGCCGCCGCCACCACCUCAAAACCGGUGGGUGGCGCCUCGUAACAGAAAUGCAGCUUUUGGCCAAAGUGGAGGAACUGGUAAUGAGAACAACUCUCCUGGCAGUACCCCAGCAAACUCCAUCCCAGGCAGCGAAUCCCACCCUGUCCUUGAAAAACUGAAAGCUGCUCACAGUUAUAACCCUAAGGAUUUUGAAUGGAACCUUAAAAAUGGACGCGUGUUCAUAAUAAAGAGCUAUUCUGAGGACGAUAUUCAUCGUUCCAUUAAAUAUUCCAUUUGGUGUAGCACAGAGCAUGGCAACAAGCGUUUGGACAGUGCUUUCCGCUCUAUGAAUAGUAAGGGUCCAGUCUACUUAUUAUUCAGUGUCAAUGGCAGUGGACAUUUCUGUGGAGUGGCGGAAAUGAGGUCGCCGGUAGAUUAUGGCACCAGUGCUGGUGUCUGGUCUCAGGACAAAUGGAAGGGGAAGUUUGAUGUCAAGUGGCUCUUUGUAAAAGAUGUGCCCAACAACCAACUCCGACACAUCAGGCUGGAGAACAAUGACAACAAACCAGUUACAAACUCCCGUGACACUCAGGAGGUGCCCUUAGAAAAAGCAAAACAAGUGCUUAAAAUUAUUGCUACGUACAAGCACACAACUUCUAUCUUCGAUGACUUUUCCCAUUACGAAAAGCGCCAGGAGGAGGAAGAGGUGGUGCGGAAGGAACGUCAGAAUCGAAAUAAACAAUAAGAAUAAACAUAUAUAUGGUUUGCUAUAAAUAUAUAUAUAAAUAUAUAUAUAUACUAGAACUGAUAUUAAAUUUGAUUAUGAAAAAUUGAAUCUUUUUAAAAAUUUGCUCUGAUGCUGUAUUCUGGCAUCAGGAGACUAAAACUUUCAGCUCCAAUAUCUUUUUGUGCAGGGGAAAUUAAAUUGUUGCAUCUUUUAAGUACAUUGUAGUAUGUGUUUGGUUUUUGGUUUUUUGGUUUGGUUUUUUUGCCCUAGUGAAUAUGCAUUAAUUUGUACCUUUUCUAUGUAAAAUGCUGUAGAAUCCACAAAUAAAGGUGUUUUGCUGGGGUUUUUUAAUGGUUAAAGAAGUUCAUCUAUAAUUGAAGUUUCUGAUAAAUAUUAGUAUUUCCCAAAGACUUUUUACCUUCAACACAAAUUAUGUUUCUAAUCUGAAAAUUCACUAUAAUUUUAUAUUUAUGUACUGCAGAUCCUCUUGUUUCAACAGUCUCCAAAAUUGUCUUGCUCUUUCAAGGCAAGCAUACAAAAAACAACCUUGUGUGUGUUUUACUUUUUUGUCAUUUAUUUGGAGAAAUAACAUCUUAAGUCAAAAGCAUUGACAAUGCAGCAAGUUCAGAUCUCUUUGUAUAGUUCACUUUUUAUCUGUUUUGUUGAUUGGUUUUUUUUAAAAAAAAUCCUGAAAGCACUUUUCUGUCUUGUAGAAAAUGAAAAGGGAACAAUUCACAAGUAUCACAUCUCACAUGGGCUGCAUAGAUGAAAAUUGUACAAAUGCAAUUUUGCACUUGCAUAAUUUUCAGUCCUUUUCAAUGAAGUUUGCAUGAGAAAUGUUCCCCUUGGGUUCUUCCUCAUGCAGUCUAAAAACAGAUUUUCGUUCAUAUCUGAUGAAUUUUGUGUGCACCUGCUAUAUCAUAUCCUGCAACAAAAAGAUGAGAUUUUCUCUGCCAUCAUUUUUUUUGUGUUGUAGUUUUUUAAUGGUUUAAAUGUUUUCAGCAUUGCAGGGGUUUGGGGGCAAUGUGGCUUUUAAAGGCUUUUUUCAGCUUUCUAAUACCCAUUAAAUCAUUUUUAAUCUGUCCCCUGUUUUUGUUCUUCACCCACCUUCUCUAAAAUGUCAUUUAAAAUUUUAUACCAAUUAUGGUGAGCUUUAAUAUAGAAUCUUAGUACAGACUCAUAUGAUGGAUUAUGCUUCAGAUGUUUAAAACUGUGUGUAUGUGUCUAUUUUUUUCUGUUGGAUGAGUAAAAACAACUGUUUUAAGAAACGGAAUUUGCUGUCAUGUUUUUGUGGAAUGAGGAAGCUAUUGAAGAAAUGGCCACCAACCGGAGUUUCAAAAUUAAGCAUGAAUUCUUGAUGCUCAUGCCUGUUGCUCUAGCACAUCGAACCUGCACGUGUUUAUUGUAGAGGAUCUUUUACUUAUAUUAGAAAGCAAAUAUCUUCUGAAAUCUACUUACUCAAGAGGACCUCCGAUUUAAAUGAAAGUUUAAGCUGUAUCAUUUAGACUUGUAUUUAGAACAUAUAGCUUUGUCUCUGGACUGUUGCUUCCGAUGUAAGGAGUAAUGGGACAGCAAUCAGAUUAACUUUUUUCCUCUAGGAGAAUACAAGCCUUAAUAAAUAAUACCUACUUAGCAA